GUGGAAAUUGCCCAUUUAGCAUGUUUUUAACAAGGCCUUCUCAUCAAAUAGAUGGAUGUCAGUACAAUCUUCCCAUGGAGUAUGCCUUUUGCUUAUUUCUUCUCUUGCAUCUCUCUCAGCAUAAUGUAUGGUUUUGUUUCACAUCCCACACUUAUUCAUUGCCCAUAUGUUUUACAGUUGGUGCAAUCUAUCAAACAUGACAACCAUUCCAUCUCCAUCCCUACAUUGUCCAUGUCCAGUCAGCCUUCCAUAAUGGCACUUGCAGAACAUGGCAUUGGUUGUGUAAUUGUCUUUGAAUGCUUAUUUAUCCAUUUGCAGGUCAAGGAUGGGGCUAAUACCAGGAAGGAUUUGCAGCAGGAUCUGACAGACAUUGUCAGAGAAUAUCAGAAAUCAGGUGUCCAAAAUGCUGUUAUUGCACACAUUGCAGCAGCCUUCCAGCAGCAUGGUGAAAGUGUGGAUGAUUUAUGCCCCAUUCUUGUGGGUAUAGCACAGGAAAACCAGAUGUCAAAGAAAUUCCUGAAAUGAAAUGAGACAAUUUCAGCUCUUAUGCAUUUAACUGUUCUUGUAUCUCAAUGCCUACUGGUGUCUUUUGAAAUCCCCUAUUGCUUUGGAGAAUCCUGUGAAAUUUGGAAUCUGCUUGUUAUUGUGUACAUUCAUGUCCUCUUGUAUAGUCCUAUGCAACCUUCAAAUUUGAGACCUGAUUUCUUG